AUGGUGCAGCUUAUAACAUCAUACAAUGUCGAUCAGAAACAGAACCUCGAGCAGACGUGUACAUACGUCGACUCGCCGGCGCCGUCUUCUAGACAACUGCACCUCGAAGAUAGUAGCGCAUCUAUCAGCGGACUAGGCGGGUUGGCGACGCCGAGCAGCUCGGCUUCCGUUCCAUCGCCAGAGGCUGCAGAUCUGAAAUUAACCAAGUCUGGAACUGGCUUUAAAGAUUCGACCCACUGGACGUCCGUUCUGAGCGGCGUGACAGUGGCAAAGGAAGGCGCCAUCCCAUCGGAGACAGCAUUCGACGAUGGUUCAUCACCACUUGAGCAGAAUGUCCUCCUCUUCGAGGGGUGCAAACACCCCACUGACCAAGAACUCCUCGAUGCGAUGCCGCCCAGGAGAGAAUCCGACGGCUUGGUCGCACUCUACAUUCGGGCUCAGGAAUACCGAUCUGUACUACACCCGACCGAGUUCUUGAACAGAUGCCUCUCGAGGACCCAGGCCAACGCGUCGUCCCUCUGGUCACCUACAGCCUUGUAUAAGAUACUGGGCUACCGAGAAAAGGUCGUCCAGUGCCUCGUCCGAGCUCAGUUCGCCAAGGGAGGUCCUGACAUUAUGGAAACCCUGGUCCACUACCUCUUGAUUGAGAGCUACUUGAACAGAGACUCCAACGUUGAAGUCUGGCUCCUGAUGGGCAACAUUGUCCAAAUAGCCAUCCGCAUGGGCUACCAUCGAGAUCCGCAGCACUUCAAGUCCCUAUCUCCCUACCAGGGCGAGAUGAGGCGCCGGAUAAUGGGCCUCCCGAGCAGCAUCAAACACUCGCUCAGCGACACGAUGCCGCCUCGAAACCUUCAGGACCGCGACUUUGACGCCAGCUCGGCUGACCUGCCGCCCGCGAGGCCGAUCGACGAACUUACCUCGAGCACCGUGAUCCUCGCCAAGCUUCACGUCGCCACCAGCGUCGGCGCCGUAUCUGACUUGGUCUGCAGUCCUCACCCGCUAUCAUACGAGGACCUCGUCGCGGCGAAUGCAAAACUAGACUUGACGCGUGCGACCAUUUCCGGUCCUUGCAAGUUCCGACCCAUGUCUGAAUCUCUGUUGGGCCCUCCAAGCGUCGUCUUUCAGCGGAUAAACUUUUACAUGCAUUACCAAAGAGCCCGGAUCCUCAUCAACUGGAAGUUUCUCGGUACCUCGAAGGAUACGUCAGCCAGCAAUCAGUGUUGGGGUAUUGUCAUCGAGGCGGCCUUGGAGAUCCUGCGACUGCAGCACCGCAUGUCGGAGGAAUCCGAUGUCUUGGAGGGGUCCCGCCCUACUGGUUUGGUCGACCCGUGCUUCGUAAACAAUGGGUACUUUUUAGCCGCAAGUAUCAUGUGCUUUCUCGUGCAGCAUCACCAGGACAAGCUGUCGGCCCAAGAUCUGUCAGAAGUGCGAAGCCUGCUCGAAAAGGGCCUAGCCAUCUGGAGCCACAUCAACGACUUGUCAAGAGAAGCAAGCAAAGUAGUCUCCACUCUAAGGGUCGUACUCGGAAGAUCUGAGGAGCCCAGUACACAUUCUACAACCGAAGCAACGGCAUCGCCUCAAGCGGGCGCGGGUGAGAUGGCGUUUUCUAGUUACACCUCUUUCUUUGAUGACCUGCCUUUGAUGAUGAGCGACGUCGACCCUGCCGCGUUUCCCACACUGCCCUCGAUUCCCAUGAUAGACAACUGGCCACAGGUAGACAGGGGCAUUUAG